AUGAGCUUUGAUUUUGACGCUGUUAUCGUCGGUGGAGGCUUCUCUGGGGUUUUAGCAUUACAUCGUCUGCGCCAGUCUGGUUUCCGGUGUCGAGGAAUAGAGAAGGCGUCCGAUCUUGGUGGCGUGUGGCACUCGAACCGUUAUCCUGGAGCACGAGCGGAUAGCCCCCAGCCACACUAUCAAUUCUUUGAUGAAGAGCUCCUCGAGGGUUGGCAAUGGAGUGAAACAUUUCCUGCUCAGCCGGAGAUCAAAGAAUAUUUCGAUCAUGUCGAUAGACGAUGGGAAAUCAAGAAAGAUUAUGAUUUUUCCGUGGCUGUUGAAAAAGCAGCAUUUGAGCCAGCGGGACACUUUUGGACAGUUCAUCUCUCCAAUGGCAAACGAUUGUCCACCCGUUGGUUUAUCCUUGCUAUCGGUCAGCUCUCACAUGCAGUUACCCCGACUGUUAAGGGGAUGAGCUCCUUUCAAGGCCAGAUGUCCCACUCGGGUAACUGGCCCGGUCAUCAUGUGGAUUGGCAUGACAAGCGAGUUUCCAUUGUCGGAACUGGGGCUUCCGCUGUACAAAUUAUUCAGGAGCUGGCUCCCAAAGUCAAACAGCUGAAUGUGCUUCAGAGAUCAGAGAUGGUAGGAUUUCCUAAAAUGGAGGCUUCAUUACCCGCGGCAGAUGGUCGUGGCAAAGUCGCGUUCACGGAUCCAGCCUAUGCCAAACACGUCUUCAAAACAUCCAAGAUGUACCAUUCGGGAUUCCCGUAUACAUUUCGAGCGGAGAAGAUGAUUUCAUUGUCGGAUGAUGAGGUCCGCUUCCAUCAUGCAACUAUUCUGGCUAAAGGUAAUUGGUCUUAUCUUCUGUCAGCUUUUAAAGAGUCAGUACAUGAUCCUGACUCGAACACUCAAAUGUACGCCUAUUGGGCAGAGCAAAUGAGGGAGAAGAUUCUUGAUCCUGAACUCAAGGAUUCUCUCAUCCCCCUUGUACCUAGCUCUCCCAUUGGUAUGAAGCGACCAUGUCUAGUUUCAGAUUACUAUGAAACAUUCAAUCGUGAGAAUGUGCAGCUAGUCAAUCUUCGCACAGAGCCCAUGAUUGAAAUCACCGAGACUGGUAUCACCACGGAGAAAAGCCAUUACCAAUCAGACUAUAUCAUCUGGGCUACUGGUUUUGAAUCACGAACCGCUUGCUACGCAGAAAUCGAUAUUCAUGGGACUGAGGAUCUGAACCUAGCUUCAGUAUGGGGAACUUCAAUUCGUUCAAACCUCGGAAUGACCGUCAAUGGAUUCCCAAAUAUGUUCUAUGUCUAUGGCCCGCAGUCAGCGACGGUGCGUGUCAACGGACCGACUGUUAUUGAUGAACAAGUCAAGUGGCUUUGCUCAACCUUGGAUCAGUUAAGAUCCAUGAACAUUACCUGGUUUGAGCCCACUGAAUCAGCCGAGCUAUUGUGGCAAUACAAGAUAGAAAAGCCGUGGCUGGAGACGCUGUACCCGAGAACGCAGUCAUGGGAAACUCGCAAAGCUAAUAGCAAGACGGGAGAGCCUUCGUGGUGA